CAAAACAAAAAAUUCUUUUCCACACAAAAAUGUGUGUUUUAUCAAAUCAGCAAAAAUAAAAAAAAAAAAAGUAACGAUAUGUGUCACUUUGUCACUCCUACACUUACUUAAGUUGAACUUGCCACUUAAGCAAAAACAUACAUUUAUUUUGUAGGUUUUGUUUUGCGUUUUUAGAACUCGCAUCAUCAAGUCGCUCGUUUUUAUUUUUUUUUUGUUGCUUCAGCUGUUUCAUUUGGAUUUUUCUUCUAUAUGCACACGUGCCCCAACUGAGUCAAGGGGUUGAAUUUUAUUUACCAAAUCAAAUUUGAACAGCAAAAGCACAAAAAUACACUUGCACCUUCUGUCAAAUCUACUUCAGCAAUAAGGUGUAUCUGUCUUACUUCCAAACUUGCCGCUAAGAAGAACCACAAACUUUGUUGAAUAUAUCUAUCAAGGCUUUCACUUUUUUUUAGCCAAACCUUUUCUUUCCGCCAAACUAUAAAGAAGAUCAUUCAGCAAAAAAAAAGAUUGAAGAUAGAUACUUUUUUUCGUAUUUCAUCAACCAACCGGCCAGCUAAGCCAGAUACAAAACAAUUGACGUUUAUUGUGGGUAUAUGCUAGUGCUUCGGGGCUAUAGUUUCUACUGUCUUCACUCAGUCACUAGUUUUAUUUUCAUCGUCGAAUAAGUCGAAUAAAUAAAACCAUCAAAUCGAUUGCAUAAAUUUUGCAUACAAUUUUGCAACAAAAAUAAGAAGAAUAAAUUUAAAUCAAUAACAAAAGUGAUGAUUUAUGUAAUAAUGAGCUUGAACUUGUAAAAAUGUACCAUCUCGAUUGUAACUAGACGCGUGGUUCCAAUUAAACCGGAAGUUGUAAGAGCUUGCUGAUAUCGGUGUAACACGAUUUUGUACUUAAAAUUUGAUUUGAUAGUGAAAAAGUGCGCGUUUUUUUUGGUAUUACAUUUUUGCAGUCAAAUUGUUAUCACUUGAGAAGAAAUUAACCAUGAAGUAUAUAAAAGGUCCUGUUUUAGGAAUUCGCCAUGUCCAGGUGCUUCUACUAUUCCUCUGCAUUGUUGUCAACUACAUGAGUCGGCUAAAUGUUUCAGUUGCAGUUGUGGCAAUGACACAUGCAGAAACAACAAAUCCAAAUUUUGAUGAAUACUCAUGGAAUGCACAACAAAAAUCGUACAUAUUAAGCAGUUUUUACUGGGGCUACAUUAUCACACAAUUUCCGGGGAGUUACAUGUGUCGGAAAUGUGGUGCCAAAUUCACCAUGUUUAUCUCAACUUUGGGAUCUUCAUUCCUCAGUUUCGUUACUCCAAUUUGUAUUCCUUUGGGCGAUGGUGCUGGAUGGCAGAUUUACUGUGCAAUCAGAGUCCUUCAAGGACUCUUCCAAGGAUUGUUCUAUUCCUGCAUUCUUGAACACUUGGCAAGAUGGUCACCAGUAGAAGAACGAACUCGUUUGGGAGCAUUGUGUCAUACAGGGAUAGAAAUUGGAACCAUAUUGGCAAUGGGAGUAACUGGUCUAAUAGCUCAAUCAAGCUUAGGAUGGCCUGGGAUAUCCUAUAUAUCUGGUGGUCUAGGAUUGGCAUGGUGUGCUGUGUGGUUAUUGUUUGCUGAUAAUAAUCCAACUGUUUCGAAAUUUAUUAGCGCCGAUGAGUUGAGAUAUAUCCUAGACUCACAAAUCAGAGAUGUUUGUGUUCAUAAGAAAAUCAGUAUUCCUUGGAAAGCUAUAUUCACUUCGGUACCCUUUUUCGCCCUCAUGAUUGUUCGUUCAGCUGAAGCUUGGGGUUAUUCGACAAUUCAAGCAGAAAUACCAUCAUACCUACAAGGCGUUCUCCACAUGGAUAUAAAAAUUAAUGCCUUCUUUUCGGCUCUUCCAUUUUUGGCAAUGUUCAUUAUUUCGUAUGUUUAUUUAAUUUCAACGGAUGUCCUAUUGAAGAAGAAUUGGAUGAAAUUGGCAGUUUUGAGGAAAACUAUUAAUUCAAUUGCAAUGUGGAUUCCCUCUUUAACAAUAGUUGCAGUUGGAUUUUUAGAUGAAACCCAAAAGACACUGGCGAUCAUUCUUAUGACUUUGACAAUAGGCUUUAAUGGAGGAGUGACUAUUGGAAGUGGCUUGAAUACAAUUGAUUUGUCAUCGAAUCAUGCUGGAAUUCUGAUUGGAAUUGUUAAUACUGUGGUGAGCUGUGUAUCACUGGUGACGCCACUUUUUGUAGGAGCUAUUGUGACUGAUGCAACUGAUCGUUUUCAAUGGAAAAUGGUUUUUAUGAUCUCUGCGGCAGUAUUCUUUUUAGGAAAUUUACAAUUUAUCUUCUUUGGAACAAGUAAAACACAAGUUUGGAAUCAUGAAUACUUUUUGUCAGGACCACCAAGUUUAGAAUGCCCAACAGAAAAAGUUGCACCAGUUAAAAGUAUUGAGACAGAUCCACCAAAUGAUAGGAAAAAUAGUUAUAUUUUUAGAAUAGCAUAAAGUUUUUAAAAUAAUUUUAAAUAGACAUAGGCUGUGAUGUACAUUUAUAUAAUUUAGUAUGUAAUUUAUUUUUAUAUUUAUAUAAUAACUACUGUUGUAA